GGUCGUUUCUGGGUCCAGAUAGGGGGGAACAAAGCAUUUUUCCCAAUGCCCACCAUUGCGGAACUGAGAGCUGCUACGUGUUAUCUAUGGAGAAAUGUGAUGUGGCAUUCCCGCCUGAAGCAACAGGGAGGAGUAAAUAAAGUUCCCCGCCCCUUCUCUUUUAACACAAGGUCACGCCGUGUGGGAAAUAAUCGUCGUUUAUUUUAUUUUAUUAUUGUAUUUUUUUUAUUUUUGAGUCUGCUCUGCCUGUCCAAAUCCGGUCCCAACAGUUCUGGUCCCUGUAUCGCCCUGGAGUGCAGUGUGAAAGCUGAGAGAAGCUUACAAAGUAGUCAUAGCUGUCAACUUUUCUUUUUCUUGCGAGGAAUCCUAUUCGGAAUAAGGGAAUUUCCCUUAAAAAACGGGAAACGUUGACAGCUAUGAAAGUAGUAGCCUUGCCAUGUGAUCCAUUGACCAUAUUGCGGGGCGGGGGGGAGGUCAGGCUGAGAUUAAGCAACCUAGGAUGGACCACCGUUAAGGGGCUUGAGGCUGGCUUACAUUUCCAGCUCAAAACGGAGCCCAUGCCAACACUCCCCAAAAACGCAACCCGGAAGGACUCGGAAAUUGGUUGUGUGGGUUGCUCUACACUUAAAAGUCUAUAGCCUGGGUCUAUCUGAGAAUCCCACAGGGACGGGAGUUCCGACGGACACGUCCCGCAUCCCUUAAGAGCGGUCUCGCUUUUUCUCGGGAGUUGCCGGUUCUCGCGAGCACAAGCAAAUGAAUCGGCCGGCUGAGCUUGCAUAGCUGGCGAGGCGGACGCGGCUGUUCCUCCGCCUGCGAGACCCGCUGCGACUCCAGUGCUGCUGCUGCUGCUAUGGGGCUGCAAGGGGUCAAGGCUGUUUUCUUUGACUUGGACAACACGCUGAUCGACACCGCCGCCGCAGGCAGGAGAGCCAUUGAGGAGGUACCGGUUGCACGCAGCUCCUCCCUUCUGGUCUUCCUCCGUUAAAAAAAACACAACGACAAGGAAGUGCAAGUAUAAUAAGCUGUAAAGCCUUAUUGCCAGACAGUUCCUGCUCUGAAUCUGUUGUGUCUUUUGUGGUUUUUAAGGAAGUAAAGUACUUUGCAACUCCCAUCUCCCGGACAUCUCGGGCUAAGGGGACCCAGUGCUGAAUCAAUAUUGGCCUUUAGUUAAUUAAAGUAUGGCCUUUUAAACGGGUGGGGGGACGCAGAGGCGUUAUUCUUUUUGUUAGUUCCUGUGUUAUGUAUUUUUGUGUUUUUAUAUUUUAAGUCACCUUGUGAUCCUCGGAUGAAGGGCAGUACAGUGGUACCUCGGGUUACAUACGCUUCAGGUUACAGACUCCACUAACCCAGAAAUAGUGCUUCAGGUUAAGAACUUUGCUUCAGGAUGAGAACAGAAAUUGUGCUCCUGUGGCGCGGCAGCAGCAGGAGGCCCCAUUAGCUAAAGUGGUGCUUCAGGUUAAGAACAGUUUCAGGUUAAGAACGGACCUCCGGAACGAAUUAAGUACUUAACCCGAGGUACCACUGUAUAGAAAUUUAAUAGAUAAUAAUAAAGAAUGUGAUGGUGGUGAUGAAUGCAGCAAUGUCACACAGCCAGCAUUCACUCCCAGACACGACUUUCAAGAGCACAAAUUCUGUUGGAUUUUCUUUUACAGCUCUUUCAGUCAUCACUGUUGGAUGUUUCAUCUGUUUCACUAUGGAUCUCUUUCUCGAAUAUUUUCAAGGAAAGGCCCUGUUGCCUCUUGUAGGGGAGGAAGUACUGUGGGUAUUUUGCAUGUCCUCUCUUAGGACAUCUUCGUACCUGAACGGCUGAUUUCUGGGGGCCAUGUGAAGAAUGCUGACAAGUUUAGGGAUACCCGGGUGCUACCUUAUACUGAAUCUGACCAUUAGUCUAUUACCUUAAUCCAUAUUGGCUACACUGACUGGUGGGUGACUCUCCAGUAGGUACUCUUUCAGGCCGACCUGAAGAUGCUGGGACCUUCUACAUGCAAAGCACAAGCACUGAGCCACAGCCGUUAAUGUAUUAAGUACUCAUAAGUAACAGCAAAUAAUCAGAGGAUAGUUAUUUGUUCUUGGCCAUUGGCCAAUUAAUCCAGAAGAAGAGAAUGUACCUUGACACUUUAUGUACUUUAUGCACAGUACGAUAAAGGCUUUGCCUUUUUUUAAAAAAAAUUGCAGUGUGUGAGAGACAGAGUAGUUUGGAAUUCACAUGAAGAACUUGAAAAUAGUGUCGCCUCUUGGAUAUGCAGCAUAAUGUAUUUCACAAAAUAUGCCAUGAUUUGAUUUUGGCAUUCUAAAUCAAAAUGCUUACUGGGGUUAAUGUCAUUUACAUGGGCUCUAUUAUGGUGGUGGUUAAAAGGCUUUGUGCCCUUGCAUAGAGAAAGCUCUAGUGUUCCAACAUCCCACCUUGCAGAAAUUAACUCACGUUGUAACAAAAGGAGAGCUCUUGUGUAAAUGUAGAAUAGAACAGCAUUGCUGUUUCAGAAUGUGGAUUAGAGGACUGCAGGUGCAGUAUCCUUUAAUUUAGUUUUUGCUGCUUUGCUGACUUCAACCAAUAUAAGAGGGCAACUGAGAACUUGUAGGUAUGGGCUGUAGCAAUUUCUAAAUAAUGUAUAAGUUGUUAUGGCUGAAAUACAUGAAUUUCUUGAUGCGUGUUACACUUUAGAUUACCCCUGGAAUGGAUGAAGCAUGCAAAAGUAAUGGCUGAAUGAGUACUAAAAGAGUUGUGCUCUUGAAAAUGGUGUCUGUGAGAUGAAUACAGGCUGUGUAGCAUUGCUGCAUUCAUCGUCAUAUUAUUAUUUAGUAUUAUCUAUUAAAUUUCUAUACUGUCCUUCAUCUGAGGAUCACAGAGCAGUUUACAAUAUAAAAGCACAACAACAGCCGAAAUAAUAACAAACAAAACAAACAAACACACACACACCCAAGUUUAAAAGGCCAUAGAUUGUUUAAUUAGCCAAAGGCCUCCGAGAAGAGGAAUGGUUUUUGCCUGGUGCCUAAAGAUAUGUAAUGAAGGUGCCUGGCAAGCCUCCCUAGGGAAAUCAUUCCACAAAUGGGGAGCCACUGCAUGUUGCCACCCUCCAGACCCCUCAUGGAGGAGGCACAUGAAGAAGGCCCUCAGGUGAUAAUUGCAGGGUCUGGGUCAGUAAGUAUGGAGGCGGUCCUUGAGGUAUUGCGUUCCAUGUGGCAGUUUAUUGGAUCCAUGCUGUUGCACAUUCUGGUGGAACAUCUUUUAGAAAUAAGCUGUUGUCCAGUACAGAGCAAACCAGUAGAAUCUUCACCAAACUGAUCCUGUUCUGUGUUAACUUUCACUUCAUAGGUGAUAAAUGUCUUGCAGUCUGAGCAUCAUUGCGAUGAAAAAGAAGCUCACCUGAUUUGUGAUAAAGUCCAAGCCAAACUCCUCAAAGAGUGCCACGAUCCUUCUAAGAUGUGUAUUACUGACUUAAGGAUUCAGCACUGGGAAGAAGCUAUACAAGAAAUAAAGGGAGGGACAGCCAACCGCAAUCUAGCUACAGAAUGUUAUUUCCUUUGGAAAACUACCCGCCUGCAACAUCUGACCUUGGCAGAAGAGACACGGGGGAUGCUCAGCAACCUUAGAAAAUAUGUCCGUUUGCUUCUGCUGACAAAUGGAGACACUCAGACACAAAGAGAGAAGAUUGAAGCCUGUGCUUGCCAGCCAUACUUUGAUGCCAUUGUUGUGGGGGGAGAGCAAAAAGAAGAGAAACCGGCAUCAUCUAUAUUUCGUCACUGCUGUGAACUUCUAGGGGUUCAGCCUGAGGAUUGCGUGAUGGUUGGUGACUCUUUAGAUACAGACAUUCAAGGAGGCUUGAAUGCAGGUUUUAAAGCAACAGUUUGGAUAAAUAAAACUGUCACGCCCCCAAAAGACACUUCUCCAGUCCCUCACUAUAUUAUUUCUUCCGUUCUUGAUCUUCCAGGACUUCUACAAAACAAAGGAGAUGCUAACUUAGAAAUUAACCAGUUGGCUGGUAUUUGUAACGUGUGCGAUAGUUCCGCUGAGGAACCUAGGACUUUAACCUGCUAGGGUUCAUUUUAAAGGGCAUUUUUACGCGUGAAGCUUGAAUCAGCUUGUUACUAAGUAAAAUACCUACAUUGGCUACAAUGUACACUUGAUUUCUACAUUGUUGUAGUAGGAGUAUUUGCAUGUAACACAAACAGAAUGAAAAGCAUCUCUGUUACAUGCAGGAAUGUAGAAGGCAGUAUAAAGAUCUGUUUUAUGAUUGUGGAAUUAAAUCCUAAUUGUUCAAAACCCCAUUUGGACAAUCCAGCUUUGUCCUCUUACAUAUUCUUGUAAUUCUGGGUUCUCUCGUUCAUUUUUACUGUGUUUUGCAGUGAUUGUUCUCAAAUAAAAUGGUCUCAACAUCAUC